GUUAUUUGUUUGUAUACAACUCUUACCAAGUCUCCUUUUUAUCAACUUUCACUCCUUCGGAAGCCUUUGAAUUUCGGGCAAAAAAAGAUUGAAUUGACGGGACAAAGUUGACGAUAAAAAAAGAAUGAAACAGGUCAUUUUCCUGCUAGUUUUACUUGGAAUAUUGUGUUGCUUUAGUAUCUUCCGUGCCAAUGCAGAAGAUCCAUAUAGAUACUAUACUUGGGUUGUCACAUAUGGAACUCGGGCUCCUCUUGGUGUUUACCAACGGGUUAUUCUUAUUAAUAAUCAAUUUCCAGGACCUCCAAUAGAAGCAGUGACUAAUGACAACAUCAUUGUAAAUGUCAUCAAUCAAUUAGAUGAACCCUUCCUUAUUACAUGGCAUGGAAUUAAACAGAGGAAGACUUCAUGGCAAGAUGGUGUGCUUGGGACCAAUUGUCCCAUCCCUCCCCACUCAAACUGGACCUACAAAUUCCAAUUGAAGGAUCAAAUUGGGACCUACAUGUACUACCCUUCAAUUUCAAUGCACAGAGCUAUUGGUGGUUUUGGGGCUGUUAAUGUUAACCAAAGGUCUGUGAUUUCAAUCCCAUACCCUGCAUUUGCUGGAGAUUUCACUUUGCUUAUUGGUGAUUGGUACAAGGCUGGCGACAAGGCCUUGAGGAAAAGGCUGAAUUCAGGCUUGGCAACUCCUCUGCCUGAUGGCCUUCUUAUAAAUGGUCUCCACAAAUCUUCGGUUUUCACUGGUCAGAAAGGGAAAACUUACAGGUUCAGGAUUACAAAUGUGGGUAUAUCGACAUCAAUUAACUUCAGGAUCCAGGGUCAUUCACUGAUAUUAGUUGAAGUUGAAGGAAGCCAUAGUUUGCAGGAGGUGUACGAGUCCAUUGAUAUUCAUCCGGGUCAAUCCAUAACUGCUUUGGUUACCUUGCGUGGGGCAAUUAAGGACUAUUACAUUGUGGCUUCCACACGUUUCACAAAGCCUAUUCUCACCACUACUGGUAUUCUUCGCUAUCAAGGUUCCGACACUCCACCCUCUUUGCCGUUGCCUAUUGCCCCAACUUAUCACGUUCAUUGGUCCAUGAAACAAGCCAGGACUAUCAGAUUGAACUUGACAGCAAAUGCUGCUAGGCCUAAUCCCCAAGGAACAUUCCACUAUGGUCAAAUAAAUAUUGUGAGAAGACUUGUUUUGGCUAAUGCAAAAGUCAAGAUAAACGGCAAGUUGCGUUAUACUGUUAAUGGGAUAUCCUAUGUAGAUCCAACCACUCCAUUGAAGCUUGCAGAUUGGUUUAACAUCCCUGGUGUUUUCAGCUUAAACAACAUCAAGGAUUUGCCAACUUCAAGGCCACCAGCCUUGGGUGUAUCUGUCUUUGGUCUCACCCUCCAUGACUUUGUUGAGAUUGUUUUCCAAAACACUGAACCCACCAUCCAAUCUUGGCAUCUCGACGGAUCGAGUUUCUACGUCGUCGGGUAUGGUGGUGGAAAGUGGACAACUGCCUUAAAGAAACGCUACAAUCUGGUUGAUGCAAUAUCUAGACACACCGUUCAGGUAUAUCCCAAUUCUUGGACUGCAGUCUUGGUUUCUUUGGACAACAAAGGAAUGUGGAACUUGAGGUCACAAAUAUGGUCGGAUCGGUUCCUAGGCAAGCAAACUUAUCUCAGAGUUUGGAACGACGAGAAAAGCUUGUACACUGAGACUGACAUUCCUCCUAAUGCACUGCGUUGUGGCAAGGCCAUCCAUUUAUAGAACAUUAAAUGUGGCUUUAUUGCUGUCAUUUAUAUUUUCUUCAUGUUAAGCUAGUUUUCUGAUUCUUCCCCCCCCCCCCCCUUCAAUUUCAGUUACGAGGGUGUGACUGUUGGAAUGAAAAAUAGGGGAGUUUAGGCUUCAAAACACUUGUUGUGCUAGCUAGAUUACUUUACAAGGUAAACGCAAUAAACAUUUUGCCCUUUCCGGGUUUAGUCCA